GCGAGCAGAGAAUACGAGUUCCUCUCCUGCAGCCGGCCGGUGUUCCGUUGCACCCAGCGCCCGGGUCCCGAGUCUCUCUCCCGGCUCCCCAGCCCGGCCCCUGUCCCGACCAGGCCCAGCCCGUCCGGGCCGCCAUGGAGCGCUGGCCUUGGCCGUCGGGCGGCGCCUGGCUGCUCGUGGCGGCCCGCGCGGGGCUGCAGUUGAUGCGCGCAGACCUGCAUCUGGGCCGCCCGCUGCUGGCCGCGCUGGCGCUGCUGGCCGCGCUCGACUGGCUGUGCCAGCGCCUGCUGCCCCCGCUGGCCGCCCUCGCCGUGCUGGCCGCCGCCGGCUGGAUCGCGUUGUCCCGCUUGGCGCGCCCGCUCCGACUGCCGGUGGCCACUCGCGCGGUGCUCAUCACCGGUUGUGACUCUGGCUUUGGCAAGGAGACAGCCAAGCAACUGGAUGCCAUGGGCUUCACGGUGCUGGCCACUGUGCUGCAGCUGGAUGGCCCCGGUGCCCAAGAGCUGCGGGCCUGCUGUUCCCCUCGCCUGAGGCUGUUGCAGAUGGACCUGACCAAGCCAGCUGACAUCAGCCGUGCUCUGGAGUUCACCAAGGCCCACACCACUAGCACAGGCCUGUGGGGCCUGGUCAACAACGCGGGCCACAAUGAUGUGGUGGCUGACGUGGAGCUUUCGCCGGUGGCCACAUUCCGCAACUGCAUGGAGGUGAACUUCUUUGGCACCCUGGAGCUGACCAAGGGCCUUCUGCCGCUGCUGCGCCACUCAAAGGGUCGCAUCGUGACUGUGGGGAGCCCGGCUGGAGACAUGCCGUAUCCGUGCUUGGCAGCCUACGGGACCUCCAAGGCAGCCACGGUUUUGCUCAUGGACACAUUCCGCUGUGAACUCCUGCCCUGGGGGGUCAAAGUCAGCGUCAUCCAGCCUGGCUGCUUCAAGACAGAGUCAGUGCUGAACGUGGGCCAGUGGGAACAGCGCAAGCAGCUGCUGCUGGCCAACCUGCCGCGGGAGCUGCUGCAGGCCUACGGCGAGGACUACAUCGAGCACUUCCACGGCCAGUUCCUGCAGUCCCUCCGCCUGGCGCUGCCCGACCUCAGCCCCGUGGUGGAGGCCAUCACGGACGCGCUGCUGGCGGCCCGGCCGCGCCACCGUUACUACCCGGGCCGUGGCUUGGGGCUCAUGUACUUCAUCCACCACUACCUGCCUGAGGACUGGCGGCGCCGCUUCCUGCAGAACCACUUCAUCAAUCCCUGUCUGCCUCGGGCACUGCGGCCAGGCCAGGCCAGCCCUCCGCUGGCCCGGGACCCAGACCCUGAUCCAGGACCUUCCCUGGCCUCAGUCCAGUGAGCCGUGGGCACAUGUGGCCUGGCUGCUCCAGCAUUGGAGGCCCCAUGAGCUCCUAGGUCUGCCCUAGAGCGUGGCCUGGAAAACGCGUCAAACCUGCCGCCAGAUGCCCCACUCCAGGCCUGGGGAGGCUGAGGUUGCCGGUGAGCCUCUGGGCCUCUUUACUGCUUCGUGAGCCUGAAGAGACCCUCCUGGGCACUACUCCCCACCCUGCAGCUUGGAGAACCCAGCUGGAUGGGAUGUGUAGUGCCAGACUUAGUUGUAGCCUCUGCAAAUGAAGUGACUGGGUGGGUUGGAGACCACCUCAGGACUGCCUCUCGGCACAGUGCCUCAGUGCUGAGAUUCGAAGGGUAAAUCCCAACUGCCUCUUGACUGGCUCAAGAAUUAGGCCCCUAACCACCCAGCCCCAGCCCCCCAAGCCCCAGGGAAGCUGCACACUCGACUUGCUUUAUUGCCACUUCUUAAAUAAAGAUGUUUUUAUUUCUCCUA